AUUCGCUUAUAUUUACGUACGAGGUGACGCGGGCGCAGUCACUCACACAGUAAGGUUAAGUGCACACGUGUUUUAAUAUUAUACAAAAAAAACGUCUCAAAGUGUUAAAUAAACAUAAUGGGUACUGAAUCUAAACAUUUAUUAGAUUUAAGUGUUGAAGACUUUAACAAAUUUCUAGAUUCCUUCGACCAUGUCCUCUCCGAUUGUGAUGGUGUUAUAUGGACUCAAAAUCCUUUGCCGCGAGUCGGAGAGUUCUUUAAACAGAUGAAGAAACGCGGGAAGACAGUGAAUUUCGUUUCCAAUAAUAGCAUUCGAUCCAGAGCAAAUUAUGAAGCUCAAUUCAAAGCAGCCGGCAUCGACAACGGCUUUGAGAGCCUGAUCAUUCCAUCUAUCGCAGUGGCAGAGUACCUGAAAUCAGCUACAUUCAAUAAAACUGUUUACUGUGUAACCUGUACUGAGACCAAAAGAGUCUUAGAAGCUCACGGAUUCAAAUGCAAGGAAGGUCCAGAUCUAGGGCCAGAGUACUAUGGCGAAUAUAUUCAGUAUUUAGAAGACGAUGAAGAGAUAGGAGCCGUCGUUUUUGACAGCGAUUUUAGGAUAAACUUGCCGAAAAUGUACCGAGCCAUAACUUACCUGAAAAGACCUGAGGUCCUCUUCAUAAAUGGAGCGACUGAUAGGUCGGUGCCAAUGAAACCUGGUCUUUUAGCUUUAGGGACGGGAGUUUUUGCAGAUCUGGUUACGGCAGAAGUGAAACGAGAGCCCGUGCUGCUUGGGAAGCCAGGAAAAGCUUUCGGUGAAUUCGCUAUGAAGCGAGCCGGCAUCACCGAUCCUAGUCGAGUUCUUUUUAUCGGUGACAUGAUCGCCCAAGAUGUAUCUCUAGGGAAAGCAGUUGGUUUCAACACUUUAUUAGUUUUAACGAACACUACCAAAGAAGAAAUGUUGUCACACACAAUACGACCAGAUUACUACGCGGCGUCUCUUGGUAGUAUUGUGCCUCUAAUUCAGUAAAUUGUUUAAGUUAAUAGGAAAAAAUGAUUUAACUAGUAGGACAAAUACAUUUCCCCUCUAGCUAUGAAGAAUAUGUAUUUGUGAAACUAAGCUAAAUCUCAAAAUUAAACAUUCUGUGUACUUAUCUACGAAUCAGACGUCGCAUGUUCAUUCAUAAUAUUUCAAUUAUUUUAAUCUUUUUGAGUGGGUACUUUUUUUUUUAUUCCCUAGAACGGUGGAUGAGCUCACAGCCCACCUGGUGUUAAGUGGUUACUGGAGCCCAUAGACAUCUACAACGUAAAUGUGCCACCCACCUUGAGAUAUAAGUUGUAAGUUCUCAGUAUAGUUACAACGGCUGCUCCGCCCUUCAAGCCGAACGCAUUACUGCUUCACGGCAGAAAUAGGCGGGACGGUGGUACCUAUCUGCGCGGACUCACAAGAGGUCCUACCAGCAGUAUACGUGGUAGGACCUCUUGUGGUCGUAGGUCGGUAGACAGCGGCUUGGCUCUGCCCCUAGCGUCACUGAAGUCAAUGGGCCAUUGACUACCACUCACCAUCAGGCGGGCCGUAAGUCCGUCUGCCUACAAAGACAAUAAAAAAGAGGGUACCUGUAGACAAAGUCAAUGUCACCACCGACCUUGAGAUAUGAAGUCGGGGUAUAUUUUUUUUUUGUAUAUCGAUUUUCCUUUUAAAUUGUAACGUAUAGCUAUUGUGACAGAAAUAUAGAGACUAAAGUUAUCUACCCUUGAUCCCUCCAUCGACCAAUCACAAGCUACUCGUGUUUGCUUUAGAUUUAUUUUUAUUGUAUGUACGUGAUGCCUCUGAGAUAAUUUAUUUAGUGCAAGUGAUUUUGUAGCAUUUAUUGCAAUGUAGAUAAGGAUCAAACUACUACUCAAAGUUUAAUUUAUUCUUUGAUUCGUUUUGUUUGUGCGUUUUUUUUUUCAUUUAUUUCCAUAAAUUAGUUUUGCUAAGUUAAUAAUAAGUACUUAAUCUUGCGGCUGUUUAAAUAAUUUCGUAUGAAUCAAUUGUCGUUCAUCUUUUAUAUUUUCAAUGUUUUAUUGUAUUUCUUUAGGAGCAAAUUUGUUGAUAAUUCAAUAUGAUGUGACGAUGAUUUUUUUAUGUUCAUCAAAUUCGACCAUAGUCACUCACAGAUUUAGAUUUGUUUAAGUAUCGGAUUUUCUUUUUUUCCAUCAUUGGCGUUUUCAAAAAAAAAAUACCUACACAUUCUAAAUAUAUUCAUAAAUACUUUUGAUAUACGCAUGAAUAAGUGUAUUAUUUAACUGUUUUGCUUUUUCUGAAAGAAAAAAAAAACAGAUUUCUAAUUUAUUUUGUUGAUAUGAAGCUAGUGAAUUGCUAACCAAAAACCGCCUGUCAAACUAAGUAAGCCCUAUCUAUUCGGUGGUAGCAUAAGCUAUUCCAGCUACUCCUGGAAGGGUAGGUAAGCUUACAGGCUCCACCUGAGAUAAUUUACUAACACUAGUCCUAGCAAAAGCAGUGCUUCGCAGAAUCUACCACAGGAUAUGAAUCGUGACCCACUGAGAAGAUCCAGCGAGAAACUCAGUGGGCUGUGUCUAUGGAGGAACGCCAAGUGCAUGUCGCUACAACAUUAACAACAAGAUUGACUGUAACCCCUGAAUAAAAUCGAUUAGCAAUAUGUUUUCUAAAUAUAUUUUUGUUUAAAUUGUCACUCAAAUUAUUAUGUUCGUUUUGUAACGCGAUUUAUUUUGUCAUGUCAAUACGUGAUUUAAAAAAAAAACUUUUGAACAUUUCUAUAUAUUUAUAUUAUAAUAAUCGUAGUAUAUUAAAAAAGAAAAAUAUUAAAAAAUAUGGUUCAGAAAUAAAAUUUUGAUCUAUUAUCAA